AUGACAGUGACAGACGAAAUUGAAGAACUGAAAAGGAAGAUCUCCCUUUUGGAUGGCGAUCGCAAAGCUUAUUACGAAAGUUCGCAAUGGACUAUGAAAAAGAACAAGGAAAUUGUUUCAAAGCUAAGACGCAAUAAUAGAGAGCUACGACUCGAAUUAGCGAAGAAAUUAGCCGGUGAUGAAAGGGUCGUCGAACAAGCAUUUUCUGAUCGUAAGGAAGUACGAUUAGCAACGAAAGGAAUGGCAUCUAAGACUGCCCUAUCUAAAAUGGAUCAGAAAGUUUGCGAGACCAGAAAAAGAUAUAAUGCAAUGCAUUCUGAACGACUAAGGAAAGAAUCAGAGCUUGAAGAACUUCAGAAGAAAUUUGGUGAAAUGCUGAGUGAAUAUACUGCAAUGAGCAAGACAGAUUUGGGAGAAUCAGCUGAGGGACAAACCCUUAGAAUGUUGGAAAAUCGAUUAGAUAAGGCUGAGUUGAAGAUCACUGAAUCGCAACGAAUGCAUAAAACUUAUAUUUUAAUUCUUGAAAAAUUGAAAGAGGAGCGACAAACAUUUCCAAAUGAACUUGACACCUUAGAGAAACAAAUAAAACACCAAAAGAUGCAUUAUGAUGAACUUCAAGCCACUAACAGGGAUGCUCAAAUUGCUCGAGAUUCUGCCAAGUCCGAGCUAUCUAAACUAGAGAGUUCAACUUAUGAUGCGCGACGUGAUCGCGAGGGCGUACUUGCCAAGUACAAGAAACAGGCUGAAGAAAAGAAGAGUCAGCACGAAAAAGUUGAGAAACGGCUACAACGUGCAUCUCUUCAAUCGGAUGACUUAAUUGGUAACCUAGAUAGACCUACAGUCAAUAUGGAAGAACAAGAACGAAAAAUAACAACCUAUGAAGAUGCAAUGCGAAAAAUUAAAGAUGCCACUGGUGUAUCUGACAUUAAAGAAGUUGUUCAAAGAUUCUUGUCGCAAGGAAAUACUCAGCAACAUUUACUACAGCUCAAAUCGAACAAUGAGAAAACUUUAGUUCGCUUGCGGGAAGAAAAGGAAAAGUUACAGGAAGAGUUUGAGACCAUGAAAUAUAGUGGUGAAGCGAAAUUAUCGAGCGGUGAAAGAAUGCUUGAAGAAUUUCAAGCUCAUCUGGGAUCAGAAGAAACUCGAUAUCAAGAUGCUAAAGUUAGGCAAGAACGUGCUGCUCGCGUAUUAGUUAAUGUUAAAGCUGGAAUAGAACAUUUAGCCGAUAAAUUAGCCCAUAUUAAAGUUCCUAAAGGGCAUGUGCCACAAGCACAACUUUCGCCAACGUCAGAUGAGUACACAUUAGAUUUAUUGGGCACAUGCGAGCAAAAAUUGCUUAAGUUGAUGGAAGAAUUAGAUGGAAGAGAUAUGAAGGAACUCGAAAAGCAAAUGGAACUGGAGGAGUAUCAUUCUACCCUGGUUAACAAAUUACCGCAACAUAAUACUCGUAUUAAACUACCAGUAGUUUAUAAUAAUUACGGCAUUGGGGACGUAUAUGACGAAGAGGAAGAUAGUGGAGAAGAUGAAGACAUUGUAACACGUGAUGCGCUUAAACGACAGUCGCAAUUAAUAGUUGAUUCUAAAACGAAGAAGAAAAUCCGAUCUAAGAAGAAGAAGAAGUAA